AUGCCUACUCCAAAUGCCUCUUCACGACCGCGCCGGGUCAAUCGGUUGGGUCUCACGCCGUCCGACUACAAGGGCAAGCCGUCCACCCUGUGCAAGGGAUGCGGCCACGAUGCGAUUUCCAGCCAGUUGAUUCGCGCGUUGUUCGAGUCCGACGUUCGUCCCCACCAGGUUGCCAAGCUCUCGGGAAUCGGCUGCUCCUCCAAGACGCCGGCGUACUUCCUGAAUCACAGUCACGGCUUCAACGCGGUCCACGGGCGCAUGCCGUCGGUCGCGACCGGGGCGGUGCUUGCCAACCGCCAGUUGGUGGCGAUCGGGGUGUCCGGCGAUGGCGACACCGCCUCAAUCGGGAUUGGCCAGUUCGUGCAUCUGGUGCGGCGCAACCUGCCCCUGAUCUACAUCGUCGAGAACAACGGGGUGUACGGCCUGACCAAGGGGCAGUUCUCGGCGACCGCCGACGAAGACGCGGCGCUGCGUUCCGGUGAGGUGAACAAGCUGCCCAGCAUCGAUCUGUGCGGCAUGGCAAUCGAGCUCGGAGCCACCUACGUGGCCCGCUCCUUCGCGGGGGAUCCGAAACAGCUCGUCGCCCUGCUGCGGGGAGCGCUCGCCCACAACGGCACGGCGGUACUUGACAUCCUGAGUCCUUGCGUCACGUUCAACAACCACGCGGGCUCGACCAAGAGCUACACCUGGGGCAAGGACAACGAAGAGCCGAUCCACAUCGUCGAUUUUGUGCCCGCGAUGGAUGAGAUCGAAGUCGAAUACGAGGAAGGGACCGAUCAGGAGGUCCAGCUCCACGACGGAUCCUGGGUUCGGCUCAGGAAGUUGGAGCGGGAGUACGAUCCGACGGAUCGGCGCGCCGCCCGGGAACUCCUGCUAGAGGCCGACGACAACAACCUGCUUCCUGACCGGGCUGCUCUAUCUCGACACCAGCAAGCGCACCUUCCUCGACAGCCUUGA